AUGCUCGCACGUCUCAGCCUCCUUUCGCUCCUCGCGGUUCUCAUCCUCCCCUUCGCCUCCGCCAUGCCAUUCUUCGGCUACUCCUGGGGCAGCCACGACGAUGAUACUCCGUCAUACCCGACCCUCAAGCCAGACUACACCUACGCCUUCCCAACCUAUGCCACUCCAACAGCAGGCCCAACCGGCACAGGCACCGGCGCACCCUACCCGACCGGCACCGACUUCAAGGGCUGGUUCGCUCGCAGGGGCAAUGUGGAACGCGGCUACUACGGACCCAAGCCGACGUGGGGCGUCUACCCAACUGGCAUGGCUGGCACUGGGACUGCGACUGGUUACCCCUGGCCCACGGCUACUGGGUGGUCCAAGCCGAAGUACCACAAGUACCAGAACUAG